AUGUUUUUCUAUAUAUAUGUAACGGUAGUUCUACUGGUUUGAUCACAUUUAUCACCAUCACCAUCUUGAAAAGGUGAAAAGAACUUAAUCCCUCUUAAGUUAAAGGAAAGAGAUUUGAUCAAAUCUAUAGAAAUAAGUUUUGAUUGAGAUAUAAAAGAAAGGAUAAGAAUUUAUAACUAAUGGAUACGGAGAGAAGAUCAACAAGUUCAUCAGAAAUAACCACAACUGAUCAUAAUCUGAAAGACAGAACGUUAACAGUGUGCUGUCUUCCUCCUUCGUACGGACAACUUAUCACCAUUCUUAGCAUCGAUGGUGGUGGCAUCCGUGGGAUCAUUCCCGGCACAAUCUUGGCUUACCUCGAAUCACAACUUCAGGAACUGGAUGGUGAAGAGGCAAGGCUUGUGGAUUAUUUCGAUGUCAUCUCGGGUACGAGCACCGGAGGUUUGAUAGUGGGGAUGUUGGCCGCACAAGGCGAAGACCAAAGCGGUGGCGAUAGCCAUAGCCGCAACCGCAACCGCCCUUUGUUUGAGGCCAAAGAAAUCGUACCUUUUUAUCUCAAACACUCUCCCAAAAUCUUCCCACAGCCAAGAGGGAUAUUAUGUGGCUGGGGUGAAACCUUGGUGAGACUUGUGCGAGGACCCAAGUUCAACGGGAAGUACCUUCAUAAAUUAAUUGAAGGUUUCUUGGGAGACACGAAGCUAACUCAAUCUUUGACAAACGUUGUCAUACCUUGCUUCGACAUCAAGAAACUCCAACCAGUUAUAUUCUCUACCUACCAGGCGGUGACUAAUCGAGCUCUGGACGCGAAACUAUCAGACAUAUGUAUAAGCACGUCAGCUGCACCAACUUAUUUUCCAGCUCAUCGAUUCACUAACGAAGACAAUGAAGGAAACAAACAUGAAUACAACCUCAUUGAUGGAGGUAUCGCAGCCAAUAACCCGACGUUAUGUGCGAUUGCGGAAGUGACAAAGCAGAUAAUGAAGAAGAAUCCAGCAAUGGGAGACAUAAGCCCAUUGGACUUCACGAGGUUUCUGGUGAUAUCGAUUGGGACAGGUUCGAUUAGGAACCAAGAGAAGUACAAUGCGGAGAUGGCGUCGAAAUGGGGAUUGAUGUGUUGGAUCUUUGAAAACGGAUCAACUCCAAUUCUUGAUUGUUACAACGAAGCCAUUCAUGACAUGGUUGAUUACCAAAGCUCUGUUGUCUUUCAAGCUCUUCGGUCUGAGAAGAAUUAUUUACGUAUCGAUGACGAUACGUUGAAGGGUGACUUAGGCUCAGUGGACAUAUCGACAGAGAAGAACAUGGAAGGUCUUAUUGAAGUUGGUGAAGCUUUAUUAAAGAAAAGAGUCUCUCGUGUCAAUCUCGAAACUGGCCAUUAUCAACCCAUCUCUGAUAACGUAACUAAUGAAGAAGCUCUCAAAAGGUUUGCAAAAGUUCUGUCAGAUGAAAGGAAACUCAGAGAAUCAAGAUCUCCUAAACUCAACAUCUAACUAUUGCUUUGUUGCGAUAAUAAUGUAAAAACUUGUUUGUGUGAUUUGUAACGACAGAUUCAGUUUGCUUGUGUGAGCAAAGAAUAUUUGAAUAAGAAUAUGAUUCUUACA